CUCCGGAGAUGAGACAUCAUCAUCACUCACUUCUACCUCUCAGCAAAGUUUUACAAAACAAUGGAGAACCAAUCUAUGUCUUCUUCAAACUCCUCCUCCUCCCCACAAAAACCUGAUCAAAAACUCAAAAGUCCCGUUGUGACCGUGGAGGAGAAGGAGACAAGGAACAAUCCGGAACAAAGGUCUCCUCAAGAGGUUGUGGCUGAAAACACGAUCCUUGAGUUGCCUACUUUCAGACAAUUUUUCCGAACGAAAAAAAAUACCGUGCUAUAUCGUCCCAUGAAUAACAAGAUCCACAUCUGUGAUUUUUGCCACAAGGUGUUCCAAAAUGGUUAUGCCCUAGGCGGUCACGUGAAGUGCCACAAAAAGGAGCGAGAAUUGGAGAAGCAGGGGAAGCUUUCUGGUGGUACUUCUCUUGCUCCUUUCCCAAGCUUUCCAUUGCUCUCUUCCGGCCCGUUUAUGUAUGGCCAAGGCGGUAGCAGCUACAAGCGGAAGAUGAUCGAUUCGAUGCCUUCUGGUGGCGGUAGCAGCUCCACUGACGAUAUUAAUCUUGAUCUCACUCUUGGUCCAUCGUCUAAGUCCACAGGAGGCAGCAACAAUAGCACUAACCCAUCGUUCCAUGGGAAUCUGUUCACUCCCAUGCUUCCUUGUGUGUCUGGAUACAAUUUUGGUGCUGGAAACCCGGUUGAUCCAAACACUAGGUAUCUUCCUCCGUAUGGAAACAACAAUCUUUGUCCUGAUUUGUUUUCUUUACAGGGGAAUGGUUCGGGCUUUAGCCCCUCAAAAAGUCUCUUCUUAAUGGCACAGAACAAAGCCAUGGUGCCUCCUUUUGCUUCACCUUAUCCAACCACCAAUCUUUGUUAUGAUUUGUUCAAUGGUUGGGUUUCUAGCCACUCAAGUCUCAUCUCAAAGGGGGAAAACAGAUUCAUGGUGCAUCCUUUUGCUCCUCCUUAUGGAAACAACAAUGUUUGUCCUGAUUUGUUUUCUUUACAAGAGAAUGGAAUGGGCUCUAGUCACUCAAAAAGUCUCAUCUCAAUGGAAAAGAACAUAGCCAUGGUGCCUCCUUUUGCUCCUUCUAAUGGAACCACCACCGAUCUUUUGCUUUCUUCACAAGUGAAUGGUUCGGGCUCUAGUCACUCAAAAUGUCUCAUCUCAAAGGGGGAAAAGGAAGUCGUGGUGAUUGAAGAUGAUGAUGAUGAGGAGGAGGAGGAGGAGGAUAUCGAGACGAUAAGGUGGUUGGCCAAGAAAAAAAGAUCAAGAAGAGAGUAGUAAUUUAUCAAUGUCCCUUUGAGUUUUUCAGUUUUCAGUUUUCUAUUGAGACUUAUGUUCACCUCUCUUCUUCUUUUUUUCAUGCGAUUGUUUUUCUCUUUUUGUUUCUUUGUUGUCUUUCAAAUGUUCUCUUUCCGUUUAGUGUAAUGUUUCGAUUAAUUCAUCAGUCCCUUUUCUUCAAUUCCUUUAUCUCAUGAUUGCUCUAAAUUUUCUGCAAUUUUCCAAAUUCAUGGUCCAGUUAUUCGUAAGCGAAUUUUAUUUGCAAAGGUUAAAGAGAUUCUGCAUUAAUUUUGCUAAUAAUCAUUUGUUAAAGAG